AUGUGUAGCGAAGAAGAAGAUAUUUAUUUAACACCGGCCAAAUUAACAGUUAAAAAAACAAUAAAACACAGGGCACAGAAGUUUCGGCCAGAAUGGCUUAAUGUUGACGAGUUAAAAAAAUGGUUGUGUCCUGUUAAUGACGAUCCCUUUAAAGCAAAGUGUAAGUUAUGCAAUUGUACAAUGGUCGCUGAGUUGACGAAAAAGUCGCACGGUAAAGGGAAUAGUCACAGGAAAAUCGUAGCUUGUAAGGAAGUAAAAAAAAAACCAUGUAAAACAGUAGCAUAUUUUACUACAACUAAAACUGACUCGAAGUUUGAUGUUCAAGUUAAGUCGGCAGAGAUCAAACUAACAGCGUUUAUUGCCGAACAUAAAAUAGCAUUUUUAGCUGCAGACCACCUUGUUGAUGUUUUGAAAAGUUGUUUUCCUAAUUCAAACAUAGCUAAAAAUUUAAAAAUGAAGAGGACCAAAGUAACUACCAUCACAACAAAUCGCCCAUCCGGAAGAAAAACGACACAAUUCAAAAACAAAUAA